CCGUGCUCCCCCCGCUGCCCCGCGCGGGGGUUCCGCCGCCCGCCAGGCCCCGGGCGCAGCUCCAUUUUCCCUGCAGGAAUCCCAAGAGGAAUCCCUGAAUCCCGGCAUUUUUGCCUCUGGAAGCUCGAGAUGCGUUAGAAUUCCAAGAAUUCCCAGAAUUCCCUUUCCCUAAGGAAUGCAGCACCAUGCGCUGCCUGGCGCGCCUCAGCUCCAAGGCGCUGCUGGUGCUGUGCUCGCUGCUGGCGCUGCUCUCGCUGCUGCUCUGGGCGCGCUGCUCGCGGCGUGCAGGGUGGCCUGGAUGUUCUGGGGGAAUGUGGAAUUUCGGGGUGCAGAGGAGGAAUUUUCCCCUCAUUCCAACGCUUUUUCCGUGUUUUUCCCGGGCAGGAGUUCCUCUCUCCACACAGUGGGGCCCUCAGGGCUACUUCUACCCCAUCCAGAUCGCCCAGUACGGGCUGAGCCACUACAGCAAGAACCUGACGGAGAAGCCGCCCCACGUGGAGGUGUACGAGACGGCGGGGGACGGGAACAGCGGGAAUACCGGGAAUAACGGGAACGGGGAGUGGACGGUGCCCAAGGGCUGCUCCCUCACCACCGUCUGGGACAAGUCCCGCCUCACCGGAGUCAAGCAGUUCUCCUGCCCAGAAAGCUCCGAGGGCGUCUCCCUGGAGCUCAACAACGGCCGGGAUUUCAUCAUCUCCUUCGACCUGAAGCUGCUGAGCAACGGCAGCGUGUCCGUGGUGCUGGAGACCACGGAGAGGAACCAGCUCUUCACCGUGCACUACGUGUCCAGCACGCAGCUCAUCGCCCUCAGGGACAGGGACAUCUUCUACGGCAUCGGGGCGCGCAGCAGCUGGAGCACGCUCACCCGGGACCUGCUGACGGAUCUCCGCAAGGGCGUGGGGCUCUCCAACACCAAGGCCGUGAAGCAAACCAAGAUCAUGCCCAAGAGGGUGCUGCGCUUGGUGGCCAAGGGCCGCGGCUUCCUGGACAACGUCACCAUCUCGGCCACCGCCCACAUGGCCGCCUUCUUCGCCGCCAGCCGCUGGCUGCUGCGCAACCAGGACGAGCGCGGCGGCUGGCCCAUCAUGGUCACCAGGAAGCUGGGAGAAGGCUUCAAAUCCCUGGACCCGGGCUGGUACUCGGCCAUGGCGCAAGGCCAGGCCAUGUCCACGCUGGUCAGGGCCUACCAGCUGACCAAGGAGCCGGCGUUCCUGGGCGCGGCGCUCAGGGCCACGGCGCCCUUCAAGCUGCCGGCGGAGCAGCGCGGGGUCAAGGCGGUGUUCAUGAACCGGCACGACUGGUACGAGGAGUACCCCACCACGCCCAGCUCCUUCGUGCUCAACGGCUUCAUGUACUCCCUGAUCGGCCUCUACGACCUGAAGGAGACGGCCGGAGAGAAGCUGGGCAAGGAGGCGCGGCUGCUCUACGAGCGCGGCAUGGAGUCGCUCAAGGCCAUGCUGCCGCUCUUCGACACCGGCUCGGGCACCAUCUACGACCUGCGGCACUUCAUGCUGGGCACGGCGCCCAACCUGGCGCGCUGGGACUACCACACCACGCACAUCAACCAGCUGCAGCUGCUGGGCUCCAUCGACGACGCGCCCGUCUUCAGGGAGUUCGUCAAGAGGUGGAAGAGUUACCUGCGGGGAGGGCGGGCCAAGCACAACUGAGCUCUUCCCCGUCCUUCCCAAAAAUGCGGGGCCUUAAAACUGCUCCGGGGAGGGUUUGGGAUCGGGACGCUCUCCCGCGUUGAGGUUGAGGUUGGGGUUGGUUGGGAUUGGUUUUUCCUUUUCCGAGGAAAACGUUUGCAGAAGCCAUAGAAGUCUUGGAAGCGCGGUCGCUGCCUGGAGAGCUCGUCCAGGGCCUCUUCAACCGGGAUUUUGUGUCCGUGUUGGAGCAGCUCCCGUGGGAUGAGCGCCGUCCAUGGGAAUCACUCGGAGCCUGGGAGUGCCAAGUGUGGCUUUGAAGUGGGGGGGGGUUUCCUAGGGAUUCGCUUUUUUGGGAUGAAAAAUCCGCAGCUGGAAUUUUUUGCCAGUUCUCUGCCUGGAGAUCCUGGAGCUGGAGGGUUUCUUCAUGGAAAACACGUGCCGGCAUCAUGGAAGCACAACUGGGAGCCUGGAGCACACAGCCCCGGGCCACCAGCACCCGUGUCCCCUCGGAGCUGGGAUCCCUCAUCCUGGUGUCCCCUCGGAGCUGGGAUCCCUCAUCCUGGUGUCCCCUCGGAGCUGGGAUCCUUAUCCCGGUCACCGGUGUCCCCUCGGAGCUGGGAUCCCUCAUCCUGGUGUCCCCUCAGAGCUGGGAUCCUUUUUCCUGGAGCUCUGCGUUUUCUAUGGGAUUUUGGGAUUCCAGCUGGGAGGUUCCCCACAGCUUUGGGGGCAUUUUUGGGAAUUGCUGAGUGGGACGUGGAGCUCGUCUGGAGUUCCUCAGGAAAUUCAAGAAUUCGGGAAUUUUCAUUUUCCUCCUGCUCCAGCCCAUCCAGCAUUGUAACAAUUCCAUCCCAGAGGUUUUUCCAGCUCUGCCUGGGCUGGAAUUCCCAGAGAAGCUGUGGCUGCCUCUGGAUCCCUGGAAUGUCCAAGGCCAGCUUGGAGCAGCCUGGGACAGUGGAAGGGUCCCUGUGGAAUGGGAUGAGCUUUAAGGUCCUUCCCUCCAAACCAUUCCAUGAUUCCAUGAUCCCACCGGCUGCCUGGUCCCGAACUCGAGGAUGGACUUCAGGAAUUCCACUGCUCCCAUUCCAUGGUGGAGCUGAUCCCAAUCCCAAAAUCCCGGGCACGAGAACAACACCCAUCUCCAUCUUUUUAUUGCUUUCAUUUUUUGAGGCUUUUCCUUCAUUCCUCACCGAUCUCGGAGGGGUUUUUUCCCGGCUUUAAUCCGCACGCUGCGGUCGGAUCCGUCCAUCUGAUGGAUGGCAGAGGAGAAAUUCCAAUACCAAAGGUAGCAGAGGGGAAUUUUUUUCCAUGCCCAUGGAAACCUGACGGACACAAUCCCACCCCAAACCUGGGAUUCCUUCCCAAAAAUCCGCUCCAUCCUCCCCCCGCGUGUUCCUUCCAUCAUUUUCCCAGCUGGAAAACCCGGAGAGCCUCCUUGGGUGCUGCUCCAGGAUGGUGCUGGUGCCUUACAGAGGCCGGAAUUCCUCUUGGCUGGGUUUUUUGGGAAUUGAUGCCGAUGGUGGGGUUGGAGUGCAGCCGAUUUUCCCGCUCCGGAAGCGGGGGAUGGGCAUUCCAAGGUUGUCCCUCGUGUCCCACCUCUUGUCCUUCCAUCACCUUCUGGUGGCCUUAGACAGGUGGAGCUUCCAGGAAUCCCCUAGAGGCUGCAAGUCCAUGGAGAAUCCAUGGGAAUAUUCCUUAAAUUCUCUUGUGCAUUGGAAGAGGAUCCUUGACCUUGCUGGCAGUGUCCAAAACUUCAUGGAAUUGAUUCCAGUUUGGGAUAUUUUUGUUCAUUUUCCUCCUUUAAACUACUCCCAAAGAUCUUUGGGGCCAAGAUCAGCUUUGAUCCCAGAUUUUCCUCUGGAGAUCCGUGGCUCUUCCCGUGGGACCCUUUCUCCCUGGACACCGCUGGAAGUUUGGGAUGGGCAUUCCAAGGUUGUCCUUCCAUCACCUUCUGGUGGCCUUAGCACGGGUGCAGCUUCCAGGAAUCUCCACCAGAGGCUGCAGUUCCAUGGAGAAUCCAUGGGGAAUUCCUGAUACUCCUUAAAUUCCAUUGUGCAUUGGAAGAGGACCCUUGGCCGUGGAGCCGAUCCCCAAAACUUCUUGGAGUUCAUUCCAGUUUAGGAUUUCUUCCUUCAUUUCCAUCUUCAAACUCCCAGAGAUCUUUGGGACCCAGAUCAGCUUCCAUCCCAGAUUUUCACCCUGAGAUCCGUUGGCUCUUCCCAUGGGAUCCCCUCUCCGUGGCUCCCCCACCCCAACAACACAAGCACAACCCUCCCUGGAUCCAGGAAUUCCCUGGGAUCCGGGCGUUCCCUGGGAUCCGGCAUUCCCUGGGAUCCAGGCGUUCCCUGGGAUCCGGGCAUUCCCUGGGAUCUGGGAAUUCCCUGGGAUCUGGGCGUUCCCUGGGAUCCAGGAUUUCCCUGGGAUCCAGGAAUUCCCUGGGAUCUGGGCAUUCCCUGGAAGCCGCUCAUUCCCGUCCUCCUCCUCCCCGGGCGUGGCUUGGCUGGGAUUUUGUUGGAUUUUCCGGGAUUUUCCCGAGGAUCCCGAUGGAAAAUAUGCAAUAAUUUGUUUACAGGAUGCUCCGGGCAGGGCGCUCCUUUAAGCACAAUGUGCACAGGAUAGUUUUGUAUUCCGCCCCUCCGGAAUUUUUGGCGGGAAGAGGUUCUCCUACGUUUCUAUGGGACAUUGGGAAUGCUUGGAAAGCUUUCUAAGACUGGGAAAUAAAUUUUUUUAUC